AUGGAAUCAAGAACCCCUGCAGCAGCAGAUGAAGCUCGUCAGCGCGGCAACAAUCUGUAUAAGCAGGGCAAGCUCAGGCGAGCUGCAACUGCAUAUCUGGAAGCUGCCCGCGUUGCCCCUGAUGAUGCGCGGCCGUUAUUCAACUUAGCCGCAGUGUAUUAUGAGCUCGCCGAGUAUACCAAGUGUGCUGAUACGUGUAGAGCUGCCUUAUUGCUCCUCGAGAAAGAUGGCGGUGAAGUACCCGCCGACAAGACCCGGAUCCGGCUCUGCAAGGCAUUGCUCUUCUCCCAGAAGACAGAUGAAGCCAAGGAUGUUCUAUCCCAAGUCACUUCUGGAGAAGCGCGUAAGAUGCUCGAGUUAUUGCCGGCGCGGGCCUCCAUCAGCCCGCAGCCUCCGUCAAGCCUUCUGGCGACACGCAAGAAGUUGCUUGAUCGUGUUCCACGCUAUAGAACAGUCCUGCAAGACGAGCCUGAGUUUUACUGCGUCGGACAUGACGAUGCGCGUUCAUUCUUCACAGAGGCUCAGCUGAAGAAUGGCGAAGAUCUGGCUUGUCUCUGCUGCGGCAUCGGUGACGCCCGACUCCUCUACGCUACGCUGAUCAUCACUGCCACCUUGGCAGGAAUGUCCCCGUCUAGGAAGAAGCUUCACUUCACUCUUGUGGAUCUGAAGUCCAUUGUAUUCGCUCGUGAUUUGGUCAUCUUCCGUAUGCUAUUUGAUUUUCAGACCCAGACCGAGAAACAAAGGGAGGAGACAACUAUAGCGAUAGCCUACGUAUUUGCAGCGCAGCUCAUGCCCUCAUGGGCAUCUGAUAUCCUCCACGGGGCGAUGGCAGCCGUCAUCGCCGAACUGGAAAAUCUCUCCAGUAACGUGAUGGGUAUAUUCUAUGUCCCAGAGCCUGCUCGGCAAAUCAUCGCCCGCGUAUUGAAGGAGUGGCAGCAACCCCCUGAGCCAUGGUAUACAACUGCCGCACUCAGGGGUAUUCUAUCCCGGGAGUCUAAGCUCCGCGAUGCAGAGCGGACGUCUAUUGUGUUUGGAGAUAUGGAGCCAACUAAUGAAAAGGUUCCUCCCGGAUGCGGGAAGCAUGAUCCCGAUACCCGGACCUUCUUUGACAUCCAUGUCCUACUGCCACCAGCGGAUCUUAUGCAAAAGUAUGACCCCCGCCUGGCUGAUAUCCACAAAGCGUAUGGCAAGAAGCAGACCCGAAAAAAUCGCAAGGUUCUCGACGAUUAUCUCGAUUCAAACUGGAAGCCAAACGUCACCGUCAUUGAUUUGGAAUUCCAACGCAAGAGAGAAGAUCGAGCGACGGGAGGUCCCAACAUUACCUGGUCUCCUCACCAAAUUGUUUCGCAGUUAUUCCCGAACUUCCAACCCCAAGCUGCCCAAUGUCCUCCUGGGGUGCUUUCACACUUUCAAAGCUUCUUCAACAUGGUUGGGAAAUCUAUCCCUCGACUCAAAUCUCGUCUCGUGAUUGAAGUGGUGCUCGGUGAGAUGAAUGAUGCUCUUGAACGACUACGAUAUGGCUUGCUUCGACAUGAUCAGAAACCCGUUGAAAACCUGGACCCGAGCAAGUUCCCCGAUAAAUUCGACAAUAUUGACCUAAGCAACGUUCCUGACUAUGUUGGCGGUUCCCUUACAACCUUUCUCCACGGUAUCCCCCUACUUCGUGAGGAGCGCAAAUCUCUGCUCAGGUCUUAUGUCUUGCGGAACACUCCCGCCUGGGAGACUCACGGCCAAUUCCUUGCAGAAUAUCUAGUCCUCAGCGACCGCGAGAGAAUCGAGUCCCAUUUCCGCACCUCCCUCAACCCGAGCUCCAAAAUGAUAGAGAAGCAGUAUGAUCAGGUACGAGUUGGCCCCGGCGGCAUCGUCAUGGUAGUAGGAUUCGAAUGGCAUGGUACUAGCUCUCCGGCAUCAUUUUUGCCCGCCAAAACGCGCAUGACACGACCUGAACUCGAGCACUGGCUCCAUUCCCACUUCCUCAAGCUGUGCUUGCCAUAUCCCCGCGUGCGAUUCGACCCCAUGGGGGUCCUCGCACCUCUCAACCUGACGGCAUUCCUCCACCUGAUUGCCCACGUCGCGUCGCUCGGAUACCCGCUGCACUGGCUCUCUGCGACACUGGCGGCGCUGUGCGGUGGUAUGUUGGCUCGGACUCGCGCGGGACCUCCCGCAGCUUCGAUCACGGACGAGAAGUUGGCGGGGGAGACCUACCCGCCCGCCGACGUGUCUGUCGCCCCGUUCGCUGCUGAGUUCCGCACGCUCUUGGCCAUGUGGGAGCCUGUUCUUGGGAUCCCCUUGGUUUGGGAUACUGCCGCGGGAGAUGAGCCGUUGCUUCCCGAGCUGACUAUGAUUCGGCGGUAUACUAUACGAUUCCCAGCAACUAUCUGGGACUCAUCCUUGAUGAAUUCCGUCUUUUCUGUGGUCAUCAAGCCUCAGUCCUUGAAGGUCCCAAGCAAUCAUUUGGCGCGCCUAUUGGAUGAUCGCGGAGGUGAUCCAUCUCCUACCGCACGGGGCGCGAGGAGGGCCCCGCGGAUACAUUUGAUCUCAGCCUGCAAGUGGACAUCUAACACGAAGACCAUGGAGUUUUGGAUGGACGAGAGAACAAUUGAUGGUCUGUUGGCGGAGAAGGGCUGGGAGGCAUGGAUCUGGCGCACGGAUUCAUGGGAGUCUGUAUUGGGGCCUCUUUCUUUAGAUAAGGGUGCCUUGGUCAAGAACGAGGCAUGGUCUUGA